CUGGGCUUUUGGAGUUCUUCGACCCACCGGAUCAAUAACAAAAAACAAGAGAACGUAAGUCGGUGCUUAAGCCGUUUUAGGAAGGACUGGUUAAAAGGCCGUUCCUUUUCAUGUAAUCGUUCGUUCGCACUAAUAUAGACACAAAACGCACAAAACCUAGGGUUUCUUCUCAUUCUCAUUCUCAUCUUCAACCACUGCAAAUCAUGGAUCGAUCAGAUACACGACGCGGUAGAAGUGUCGAAGCCAGAGACCACGAUUCACCACCAACCGCUGGCGAACGGUGGAAAGGCGGUUACGACGACGUAGAAGACGACGCUUCACGCGACACAAAGCACCGUAGCAAGGACAAAAGCAGCAGCAGCAGUCGCCGGAGAGACGAGAAGGAUCACCGAACUCGCGACCGGGAGAAAUCGAAGGUCAGCGACGGGUCAAAGGAGAGAGAAAAGGAUUCCAAAUCUGUUAAAGAUCGAAGAAAGGAGGAUGAGUAUGAUCGUGAAAAAGAUAGGGUUCGUGAUAAGGAUAGGGUUCGUGAUAAGGAUCGGGAUAAGGAUAGGGAUAGGGAUAGAGAGAGGGUGAAGGAGAAGGAGAAGGAGAGGAAUAGAGAUAGAGAGAGAGGAAGAGAAAAAGUGAGUAGGAAACAGCAUGAUGAGAAGGAUGAAGGUAGGGAUUUAGGGAAGGAGGUUUUGAAAUCGGAUUCGGAGGAGGACGGUGAGGUGAAGGAAGUGAGUAAGGUUGGUAGCAGGUCUCGUAUUGAUAAGGAUGAAGGUAACGUUGAGGGUGACAAUGGAGGAUUGCAGCAGUCUGCAUCUGAAAUCCAAGACCGUAUUAUGAGAAUGAAGGAAGAACGAUUGAAGAAAAAGUCGGAAGAGGCUUCAGAUGUAUUAUCAUGGGUUUCAAAAAGCCGAAAACUUGAGGAGAAAAGGAACGUUGAAAGGGAGAAAGCAUUGUAUCUUUCAAAGGUGUUUGAGGAACAGGACAAUGUGAAUCAAGAAGAGGAUGAAGACGAACAGUCAGCUCCCCAGCAUUCAUCUCGUGAUCUUGCCGGUUUUAAAGUUCUUGAUGGCCUUGACAAGGUUAUUGAAGGCGGUGCAGUUGUUUUGACACUCAAAGAUCAGAACAUACUUGCUGACGGUGACAUUAAUGAAGGGAUCGAUAUGCUUGAGAAUGUGGAGAUUGGUGAGCAAAAGCGGAGAAACGAGGCUUAUAAGGCAGCUAAGAAGACAACUGGAGUGUAUGAUGACAAGUUUAACGAAGAUAUUGGAUUUGAAAAGAAAAUGCUUCCACAAUAUGAUGAUCCUGUUGUGAAUGAGGGUGUAACUCUUGAUGAAAGAGGGCGCUUUGGUGGUGAAGCUGAAAAAAAACUGCAGGAGCUUCGAAGAAGGAUAGAAGGUGCAUCUGUGACUCCACAUUUUGAAGAUCUUACAUCGUCUGCAAAAAUCUCAACAGACUAUUACACUAGCGAAGAGAUGACGAAGUUCAAAAAGCCCAAGAAAAAGAAAUCGUUAAGAAAAAAAGACAAGUUAGAUCUCGAAGCCCUCGAGGCUGAAGCCCGAUCUGCAGGGUUAGGAGAGGGGGACCGUGGGUCACGGGCCGACGGUAAAAGACAAGCCCAAAAGGAACAACAAGAGAGAUCCGAAGCGGAAAAGAGAAACGAUGCGUUUCAAACUGCGUAUUUGAAAGCAGAUGAAGCGUCUAAAGCGCUAAGGUUGGAGCAAACGGUUACUGUUGAGAAAGAGGACGACGAUGGUUUUGUGUUUGGUGAUGAUGACGUUGAUCUCCAUAAGUCAUUACAAAGGGCUAGAAAACUUGCUCUUGAAAAGCAAGAUGAGCGGGGCGAGUCCGAGCCACACGCGGUUGCUUUACUUGCUUCUUCCAGUAGUAAGAACGCGGAUGCGGAUAAUGCGGAGUCGCAAGAUAAUAAGGUGGUUUUUACAGAGAUGGAAGAGUUUGUAUGGGGUCUUCAGCUUGAUGAAGAAUCUCAUAACCCUGAAGCUGAAGAUGUUUUCAUGGAGGAAGAUGUAGCAGCAUCACCGCCAACAGAACAAGAACAAAAAGAAAACGGCGGUGGUUGGGCAGAGGUGAAAGACGUUAUCCAAGACGAAAAAAUGGCAGAUGUGGAAGAAGACGUGAAACCUGAUGAAACAAUUCACGAGAGUUCACUUGGAAAAGGGCUGUCUGGUGCACUUAGGUUACUUAAGGACCGUGGGACCCUAAAGGAUACUGUUGAAUGGGGUGGUAGAAAUAUGGACAAAAAGAAGAGCAAGCUUGUCGGCAUUGUUAAUGAGAAUGAUGAUAAGAAAGAGAUACGGAUUGAGAGGACUGAUGAAUAUGGACGAAUUUUGACUCCUAAGGAGGCUUUUCGGCUGAUUUCACAUAAGUUCCAUGGAAAGGGGCCCGGAAAAAUGAAACAAGAAAAACGUAUGAGACAAUAUCACGAAGAGCUGAAAAUAAAACAAAUGAGGAACGCUGACACACCAUCAUUGUCGGUUGAGAGAAUGAGGGAAGCUCAAUCUAAAAUGAAAACACCUUAUCUUGUUCUUAGCGGUCAUGUCAAACCAGGGCAAACAAGUGAUCCCAGAAGUGGGUUUGCUACAAUGGAGGAUUUCCCAGGAAGCUUGACACCGAUGCUUGGCGAUAGAAAGGUUGAACACUUUUUGGGCAUAAAACGGAAAUCUGAACCUGGAGAUAUGGGCCCGCCAAAGAAGCCGAAAACCUGAAUCGUCUGCGUUUGCUUGAAAAAUCAACUGAAGAUGUCAAAAUCUUUGCUUGGCGUUGUAGUCAAGAUGUUAAGGUUGAACUAAUUGUUGGAAUCAUUCGGCACUAGAUAUAAUAUACUAUAGAUCUCGGUUGGUUUUAACAGGUUUUGUUUCCUGUUCUGUUUUUUUAGACUCAAAAACCAGGAGGAAGCUAAGGAUGCACUCAAAUGGUUCAAUUGUGUGGAUGAUGGUUUGAAAGGUUUGAGUUGGCUAAAAUAGACACAAGGAUUGAUACAUAGAUCUAUCUCGACUUUAGUCUCAUCAUCGGUAACAGUAAUUUUCUUAUGUUUGACACGAUUGUUGGAUCCAUUUGUGCAAGAUGCAACUUAUAAAAGCAUGUUGAUAAUAUGUUUUCUAUAGAGCUGAGAGUGGUGUUUAAAUGA